AUGGAAGAAAUGAAUGAAAACGACCAACAAAAACAACAAAUAAAAAGGCCAAUAAAUUUAAAUAAUCAACAAAGGAGGAGAUUUUACACAAGAAGGAGAGGAGGACAACAACCUUUAACUUUUUUUGUUUUGUUAUUUUCUUUAAUUAGUUAUUGUUCUUUAACUACUACUGAAUGUGCUACUUUCUUUUAUGGAGCAACCGAAGACAGCGAAUCACCAGAAAAAAUCGAGCAGCUGCAAAAUGUUGUUGACACAAAUGAAAGGGCUUUGGCAUUAGCCGAGAGCGCGGCGGCAGCCAAUUCAGAAAAUGAAAUAAAUGAGCAAAAAUUAAGCAGUCACGAGCUUGAGAGUGUGUAAGUGCAAACAA